AUGCCUGGGUCGUCGCAGGCCGGCGCGGCUGGUCCUGAUGGGGCGUAUCUGGUGACAGUUCCUUCGAUCUCGGACGGCAUCCCCGUUUCACCGUCCCAGCUUUCCUCGACUGCCACCCUUUCAUCCGUGCCGGAGUCCGUCGCGCUGGAGAUCGGCCCUGUCGCAGCGUGGGACGAGCAGGAGAUUGGUGUUGCCGUGUCGCACAGCGACGACAGCGACAGCGACGAAGACGGCGACGGCGACGGCGAAUUUGGAGCUGCAGCAGAUCCGGUGACGGAGAUGGCAGCAGAUGCGGUGUUGGAGAUGGCUGAAGACGCAGUAUCGGAGAUGGGAACGGGGACGCUUGAAGACCUGCUGGCCGCCGCCUUGGCGUUCGACUGCCCGUCCAGCAGCGGACUGUCUACUUCCGCGUCCUCCGCGUCGCCCGCGUCGUCCGCGUCGUCGCGCUCGUCGUCGUCGUCGGAUAUCAGCGCCUCGUUCAGCCUGGGGAGCAGCAAGCUGUCGUGGACCGACUUCAACCCCCCAGCGCCCCCCCCGUUGCCCUCCCCCGCUCCGCUGCCCACUGCACCCGCGUGGCCGCCCAACGGGGAGGUGGCGCCGCUGCGGCAUGAAGUGUCCCUGGAUCCGCACGGGACGCCGGUUUUGGAGGAGGCGUGUGUGGGUAGUCCGAGUCCGUCUUCUGGUGGCUCUCUCGUCUCUGGUUUGCUCGUUGCUGCUCCCUGCUCGCCCUCUUCUGCUGCUGGUCCCCAGGAUCGUAGUCCAGGGUCCGUUCUGGAAGGAGUUGGAGCAUCGCCGGAGAGCAGUUCGCGAGUAGGAGCAGGAGCUGCUGUUGGAGCUGCUUCUUCUGCUGUUGCUGCUGGUGCUGCUGGUGUUCGUCGUCCUCCGCUUCCUUCUCAGUGUCAGCCUACUCGCGGUGCUGCCUCUGCUCCUGUUGCUUCUGGCAGUGGUGCAGUGGCUAGGGGCGGAGAGGGGAAGAAGGUGCAGUCGGUUGGGUGUAGCAGCGGUGCAGCUCUGUUCUCAGGGCCGCUAGGGCUUGGAGGGAGUUCUGGGGCUGCCCAACCCACCCUCGCUGUUCCCGCGGUUCCCGCUGUUCCUGCUCCAUCUGCUCGUUCCGCUGCUUUUUUCGGUUGCCAUUUGAAGCCUCACUCCAACAAGACAGCGAAGCUCAAGCAGAGCAAGUUAGAUGCCCGCAGGGAGCAGUUUCUCUCGCAAGUUGCUGCUACCAAAACCGCAACACCCAGUGUUCAAGGUGUCAAGCUUCCUGUCAAAGGCUCAGUCGAAAAGACUCGCAGUGAUAGAAAAGGUUCUCAAUUCGCAGAAGAAGCAGGGAAAGCAAAGGAGACAGGGGAUGAUCAGUCGAUUGGUGAUAGCGUAUCCGGUGCAGGAUUCAAGGAUUCCCUUGCCAAUGGGGUUUUGGAAAAGAGGAGAGACGGAGAGGAGCAGAUGAACGGAGAGGAGAGGCAGGAGGGAGACAGAGGGCACGGAGCAGCGGAGGAAGGAGGAGCAGCUGAGGAAGCUGAAGAGAAGCAGUGGUGGGAGGACUCUGAUGGUGACGAGGGUGAUGCAGGGGAGGGUGACAUGGGGACGGGUGGUUUGAGGGAUGGAGAUGGUGUGACGAUUAUUGGGGAGAGAGAUAGGGCAGGGAGUGGCGGUAGCAGCACAGGGAAGGCCGUCUGUGAAGAUUCACUGAAGAGUCAUUGCGAGGAGGGCGGGCAGUUGGAGAAAGCACCGCACGUUCAGGAGGCUGGGCAGUUGAAGAAAGCACUGCGAUUGGAGGAGGGGGAGGAGGAGGGUGUGGUAGUCGAAAUUUCAGUAGAAACGAAACUGGAAGGGACGUGUGAGGGCGCAGCAGCUGUGGAGGAGGAGACUGCAGCAGCUGUGGAGGGGGAGGCUGCAGCAGCUGUGGAGGGGGAGACUGCAGCAGCAGUGGGGGGUGUACGGGGGGAGAGCCCUGGAACCGAAUUAAUCAGCACGGGCACGGCUGAGGUGGUGGUAGCAACAGUAGCUUCAGUGAGUGAUGGGGCGGAGGAAGGGAGUAACGGGAUGGUCUCUUGCAGUGCUGUAGAAUCAGCAGCUCCGCUAUUGGUGGCAGGUCCUGGCCCUGUUGACCGUGAUUUUGAGUCGACUCAACAGUCAUCUUGCGGUGCUGUAGAGUCAGCAGCUCCGCUAUUGGUGGCAGAUCUCGGGCCUUCUGGUGGUGAUGCGUCUGCUGGUGGUGCUUCCGCUGGUGGUGUGUCUGAUGUUGUUGGGUGUGCCGGUACUGGGGUGAAAGGCGGUAAAAAAAAGGGGAAGAAAGGGAGAGAGGGGAAGGAGGGGAAGGAGAGGAGGCGAGCAGGGGAGGCGGAGGAGAGGAGUAUGGGAGUGAGGCAGAGAAUCAAAGAGAUUGGAAAGGGGAAAUUGGACCGGGAUUGUAAAGGUGAAUGCUCUGAGAAGCUGUGUAACAGCAGUGGGGGGAACAGUCGUGAUUGUAGCAGCAACGACACCAGGGAGGGCAGCGGUAUUAGAAUGUGUGGGAAUGGGAGCGGCUUCGAGUGUGGUUCUUGUGGUGACGGCAACAGUGAGAGCAACGGUGAUAGGGGGAGUGGAGGGAGGAAGGAGGGGGGGGAGUGGCGUGGAAAAGGGAAGGAUGAGAGAGAACGGAGCGAAAAGAAUGGGAGGAGAAAGAAGAAUGGGCUGGUCAAUGGAACGCGGGGCAUUGGUGGCUGUGACGUUAUUGCUGAGAAAGUCGUGGAGCUGUAUUUGAAAAGGAAGGGGAAGAAGAUUGAGAGAGGCGAGGGGAAGGAGGUGGAGGAGAGUGAAGAAUAUACAACUGGAGAUCACAUGGGUCAUGUGGGGCAUGUGAGUCACAUGGGGCAUGUGGGGCAUGUGGGGCAUAGCAUUGACUUCUGCAACGGGACAAAAAUCACCGGUGGGGGGUUGAGACCAGAGUAUACAUACAAUGCAGCAGGCAUGGGGGGGAGGGGGCAGUUGCGCUACCCUGCUGCUGCCUCUGCUGCCGCCGCUGCUGCUACUGCUGCUGCUGCUUCUGCUGGUGAUCGCGGUUGGAGAACGGACGAGUGUGGUUUUGCUGAUCUGAGGCGCCUCAAAAGCUCCUCUGUAUCUACCGCCGCCGCUGCCGCCGCUGCUGCUGCUGCUGCUGCUGCUGUGUCGUCUGCUUCUUCAGCUGCUGCGUCUGCUGCCGCUGCUGGUGCUGCCGGUGCUGCUGCUGCUAACCCAUCAUCAUCAUCAGCAGCAGCGGCAGCAACGCCUCUCUGUCCAAUCUGUGCUGAGGAGCUCGAUACAACAGAUUCCUCCUUCCUCCCCUGCUCCUGCGGGUUCCGCCUUUGUCUCUUCUGCCACCACCGCAUCGCAUCAGACGACGGACGCUGCCCGGGCUGCCGCCAGGCCUACAGCCCUGAGGUAGCUGCCAAGCUCUCCCGCCCGCCGAACCUCAAGCUGCGGUCGUAG